CUCGAGAAGAGGCCUUGAAUGGACCAAAUGGGGAGAAGUGGAAGGCGAGUGAGGAUGAGGAGUUCGGGUCCCUAAUUGAGAACGAGACAUGGGACCUGUGUGACUUGCCUCCUGGAAAGAAGGCAAUCACUUCCAAGAUGAUCUACAGGCACAAGUAUGGACCUGAAGGGGAGCUGACCCGCUACAAGUCUAGGCUUGUGGCACGGGGGUUUCAGCAGACAAAGGGGGAAGGACUAUGAUGAGGUGUUUGCUCCUGUGGGGAAAGGAACAACACUGAGGGUGCUGUUGGCGAUAGCUGCACUCCUGGGAUGGAAGAUUCGGCAGAUGGAUAUUGUGACUGCCUUUCUGAAUGGGAUCAUUAUGGAGGAGGUGUACAUGAAGCAGCCAGAGGGGCUGGAUGAUGGGAGCGGCAGGGUCUGCAGGCUGAAGAAGGCAAUCUAUGGCCUUAAGCAGGCGCCUCGUGCAUGGUAUCACAAGUUGGAGGAGGCGCUGUUGGCUGGGGGUUUCAAGAAGAGUGAGUGUGACCCCAGCCUUGUGGUCUCACGCCCUAGUCAUGAGCAGCUGGAAGCGGCCAAGAGGUUGGUCCGCUAUGUGAGUGCUACGGCAUCAGUGGGAUUGGAGUACAGUGGAGUGAGGCAGCGGUUGCAGAGAGGUGCUGCAGAUGUGAAGACUUGCGUUACAAUUGCGGCGGUUACAAAGUGAAGUUGUGGGGUGACUCUAUAUGGAGUUGGGACCUUUGGGGGUUUGGGAAAUUUGUCACUCUACUGUAACAGCUGCAAAUUGGUUGGGAACAACCAAGCUAGGUUGGCAAGGGUGGCCAACUUGGAUGGAUUGGUUGGGAAGGGACAAAGGUCAAAGUUGAGGUUCCUAUAGGGAGGGAAUCUUUGUGCUUAUGGGGUUUCCUUGGUUGGGGACUCUCUUGGGACCUUCCCUCUCGUCCCUCUCUUUCUAUCCCAACCUUUCUCUUGCUCCUCAAAUUCCUUGUGAGAUUCUUGAACUUUUAUUGAACUCUUGAGAUUGGGUUAAGUUCUCCUCCUACAGCUUACCCCCUAGUGCGUCGAAAGCCAUAGCGUCGCGAAUACUUCAUCAAUCAACGUGAUUCAAAUUGGGAACGGUAGCUGAGAUCAAGAGCUACAACAUAUCCAAGUUUCGCGACAUUCCAACGGCUAGUGUUUUGUCGACGUCGUUUCUUGUGAAGACGACUUUUCUGUCCAGAAUUUCGGAUUUAUAUUUUGAGUAAUUCUAGCUCCUAAGUUCACCUAGACUCCGUCCUUAAUUCUAACAAGAGCAGCGCGCACCAUCACUCUCUUACAGUCACACUUGGUGCGCCAGGUCCUUCAGAGGUUCGGCCUUCAGUUCUCUUCCGCAUAGCCCACCCCUCUGCCAGUAGACCAUAGACUCUCUGCCCCAGUCCCUUAGGAGGCUGUAGAGCCUAGUGGUCUCUACGCAGAGCUGGUGGGUUGCCUCAUGUACCUGAUAACUUGCACUCCUCCGGAUCUGGCAUACCCUCUCAGCAUCAUGGCUCUCUUUGUAGCCCCAGGCAGACACCGACCACAGCACUGGUCGGCAGCUAAGAGGGUUUUGUGCUUUCUAGCAAGUACAUCGGGCAUGGGGCUAGUGCUAGGAGGACGGAGACCAGUGGUCCUUAUCGGGCACACAGACGCUUCUUGGGCAGAUGACGCCGAGACUUUCAGGUCCUCACAGGGCUACUCCUUUAGCCUUGGUGCAGGUGCCAUCUUGUGGAGGUCCACCCGUUCUUCGUCUGUUGCCCAGUCUAGCUGUGAGGCUAAGAUCUACGCAGGUGCCAUGGCGGCACUAGAGCUCCGCUGGCUGACGUUCUUGCUCACCGACUUGGGUGAGCGGCCUAGCUCUGCCCCGGUUCUGUACGCUGACAACAGGGCAAUGAUCCUCCUUUGUUAGGAGCCACGACUUGAGGGCAGAGCGAAGCACAUCCAGCUGCGGUACUUCCUCCUACGCGAGCUGCAACAGCGUUGCCAGGCUCGUGUAGUACACUUGGCCUCAGGUGGCAACAGAGCUGAUAUCUUUACUAAGGCGCUUGUGCCUAAAGAUCAUCAGCACCACUGUGUACAGCUAGGUCUCGUUCCUGUAGCUUCUCACUUGCUAGGACCUUGAUUGUGUAGAGACCUUUA